UCCAUUGACAAUGUCGGUUGUCAUUGAAACAAGUGUUGGUGAUUUAACCAUCGAUUUGUUGAUUGAAGAGAGACCCAAAUGUUGUUAUAAUUUUCUUAAAUUGUGUAAAAUGAAAUAUUACAAUUUCUGUAUUUUCCAUAGAAUAGAGAAAGAUUUUAUCGCUCAAACUGGUGAUCCUUCUGGAACUGGCAAGGGUGGACAAUCAAUUUUCGCUUUCCUUGAUGGUGGAUCAGUUAAAUUUUUCCGUAAGGAAAUGGUUCCAAAAGUUAAUCAUACCCGAUUAGGAACAGUUUCCAUGGUUAAUAAUGGUGAUGAUUUACAUGGAUCCCAAUUCUUUUUCACUCUACGAGAAAAUUUAGAUUAUCUUGAUGGUAAUCAUACUGUUUUCGGUUAUGUGGUUGAAGGUUUGGAAACACUUACCAAGAUGAACGAGCUAUUUUUCUCUGACAUAAUCAUAACCCAUUCCAUAAUUUUAGCUGAUCCUUUUGAUGAUCCUCCUGAUUUGAUAAAACAAUAUCCUGAUUCUUCACCAGAACCAUCAGAUGAAAUUAUCGCAAAAAUAUGUAUCGCUCACAAUAUUGACGAAAAGCCCGAAAUGGAUCCCAAGGUACAAGAAAGUAAAGCAGCGGCGACCAUUUUGGAAAUGAUUGGAGAUUUACCCUCGGAAGAUGUUAAACCACCCGAUAAUGUCCUGUUCGUCUGUAAACUUAAUCCAGUUACUAAAGAGGAAGAUUUAGAAGUGAUUUUCUCACGAUUUGGUAAAAUAACGGAAUGUGAAAUAAUCAGAGAUCAAAAAACGGGAGAUUCCUUACAAUACGCUUUCAUUGAAUUCGAAGAGGUCGAAGCCUGUGAAAAGGCUUAUUUCAAAAUGGAUAAUGUUUUAAUUGAUGAUCGCCGAAUUCACGUUGAUUUCAGUCAAUCUGUUGCUAAGUACAAAUGGCAUCGAAAAUCAGCUCUAAAGAGAAACCAAGGUGCCAAAUCGGUAACCAAAGAGAGAAGUCCAGUAACAAGAUCGAGAGAUCGUCCCCAUGAGGGAAAUAAUAGUGACCAUCGAAGAGGUCACAAAGAUUAUUUUGAUGUUAGGGAGAUUCCAAGACGUAAAGAAUAUUCCAAAGAUGAGCAUAGACGAUAUGAAAGAAAUCGUGAUAGAGAUCGAGAUCGAGAGGGAGAAAGUCGAAGGGAUGAUAAUCGAAAGAAAGAUCGAGAUACAUAUUAUAAAGAUAGAAAAUACGAGAAAGAUGAUAGUUCUAAACGACGAGAUCGAAGUCGAAGUCGAGAUCAUCAUAGAGAUCGAGAUAGAAGUUAUCGAAAAGAUAGUGACUAUGACAAAGAUCUCAGAAGAGAUCGAGAAAAGGAUCGACUUAAAGAUCGUCACAAUGAUCGUGAUCGUGAUCGAGGAAAAGUUAAUCUUCUUGAAAUUCGAAAGGAAUCUUACAUUUCAGUUACUGUUAAAGCCUUCAUGACGGCCUAUCUGUCCAAUGAAUUGAUUGAACUUCUUGAGAAAAUUGUUGAUGUUUUCAUGGAAUCAAAUUCGUCUUCUAGAAAUGUGUCGUUAGCUAUAAAUACGCUUCAAUAUAAUACUUUACGGGACAUUUUUAAACGGCCUAUGCGAAAUAACCAAGGACGUAUUGCCAAUCCAAUUAAUAUUGAGGUACUUUCCUAUUCGCUGACUAUUUUGGAUGAUGGCGAUAGGGUUUUCAACCAUUAUCUAACCUUUACGGUGUAUCGAAACUAUGUGAACACGAAUGGACAUAACCGUCCAUUACUUACCAGGCGGGCAAUUGAAGAAAUGGUAUCCUUGGGUUUUGUAUGGGACUAUUAUUAUCCUGUUAAUUAUGGCCCUGUUAAUUAUGGAAAUGAUGAGAAAUCCAAUCCAAUCAACCAUUUAGUAACUGGCAUUGAUAAUCUGCAAUUAGGUCCUUUCAUCAAACAAGAAUCAUCUGUUUUUACAUUGAAUCGAGCUCAAAAGUCUUUAUUCAAAGGCCUUCACCUUCGGAAAUCUUCAACUUGCAUUGAUUGGUCGUGUUUGGCGGUUAUGUUCAACUUACUCGAAGACAAAUUCGAUGUUUAUUGGUCCUGUCAUUCAGUUUUUUCUGCUUAUAACGAGUUUUUUCAAAAAGGCCAUAAAAAUAAAGAGCCUUCCGACUACAUCUAUCCUAAUGUCCUGUUCGUCUGUAAACUUAAUCCAGUUACUAAAGAGGAAGAUUUAGACGUGAUUUUCUCACGAUUUGGUAAAAUAACAGAAUGUGAAAUAAUCAGAGAUCAAAAAACGGGAGAUUCCUUACAAUACGCUUUCAUUGAAUUCGAAGAGGUCGAAGCCUGUGAAAAGGCUUAUUUCAAAAUGGAUAAUGUUUUAAUUGAUGAUCGCCGAAUUCACGUUGAUUUCAGUCAAUCUGUUGCUAAGUACAAAUGGCAUCGAAAAUCAGCUUCAAAGAGAAACCAAGGUGCCAAAUCGGUAACCAAAGAGAGAAGUCCAGUAACAAGAUCGAGAGAUCGUCGCCAUGAGGGAAAUAAUAGAGACCAUCGAAGAGGUCACACUGAUUAUUCUGAUGUUAGGGAGAUUCCAAGACGUAAAGAAUAUUCCAAAGAUGAGCAUAGAAGAUAUGAAAGAAAUCGUGAUAGAGAUCGAGAGGGAGAAAGUCGAAAGGAUGAUAAUCGAAAGAGAGAUCGAGAUACAUAUUAUAGAGAUAGAAAAUACGAAAAAGAUGAAAGUUCUAAACGACGAGAUCAAAGUCGAAGUCGAGAUCAUCAUAGAGAUCGAGAUAGAAGUUAUCGAAAAGAUCGUGACUAUGACAAAGAUCUCAGGAGAGAUCGAGAAAGGGAUCGACUUAAAGAUCGUCACAAUGAUCGUGACCGUGAUCGAGGAAAAAUUAAUCGUCGUUGAACAAUUUACUUACGCAAUUGUAAUUAACUCAAUCCAAUUCAUCCAAUCAUCGGACCGAACAUAAUUGUAAUAUAAUUUAUUGAAAAAUGAUCAAAUUUAAGAAAAAAAAUAUAAUUUAUUACAACUUAAAAAUGAAAAUUAAAACAUUACAUUGUAUCUUUU